AUGGCAGUUAUGGUGGACAGUGAGAAAAAGGUAAAAGACCUGAACGAAUUAUCGAAUAUGAAACUGCAAUGCUCGUCGCCCGAUCGAGAUCUCAUCGUUUAUCCGAGAUGGCUGUGUUUCACUUCUCAAAACGGCUACAAAACGCCUCUAUUCGUCCGUUUCUUCAUCGAAAACCGUGAAUCCUAUCCAGUGACAUACCUCAUCAAAACACGAGAGAAAUGUUUUCGAAUCGAUUCGUCGUGUGGAAUUCUGAAGGCAGAAGAGAGAAAAACGAUCAAAUUAUAUUUGAUGUCAUCGGAUGAUUGGCCAUUGGCAGUCGGUGAAUACACGCAGAGACGUAUCAAAAUGGCCAUCGAGUGUCUCAGAUUACCGGAUCAGAUUGAGCCGGCGACGGCCAAGGAUGGAGGUCUGAUGGCCAAAACCAUCUGGAAGAAAUCCGUCACCGAGUGGCCGUUGGAGCGUCUUUAUACCAAGAUCAACGUUUUCAUCUUCGCCCCGACUACUGUUAUACCGACUCUCCCACCACCACCACCACCGAGUAACAAGAAUUCUAUUUGA